UUUUUUUCAUUAAUUUAUUUUUCCAUUUCCUGCGCACUGAGACGGAGAGCAGUGUCGGGUGGAGAGGCAGCCGGGGGUAUGUCCAACAUUAGCAGUGGAUAAAACCAGGCCCAGCUGCAAGGAGUCCAUAUUUACCUAUCCACCCACCAGCCCAAAUCCGCCCCCUCUUCCCCGCCCCUGCUGCGGUCGCUACCAGCCGCUGUCUGGUCGCGGCGGUCCGACUCGAACAUCCCCGAUGAGUCGCGGCGGCUGUCAGCAGGCAUCUGGAGCCUCCCACCCUGCGCACGGUGUAAAGCAACACAGGCUGCCGCUUCCCGGGAGCCCCGCUGCAGCUGAGGGACUUUUUAAAAGGCUCUAAGGUAAAAAAAAAAAAAAAAAAAAAAAAACAUGACACAGCGGCUCACAUCUAGGGGCCUUUGCUCGCCGUUGUUGGUAGUUAUUCACGUUUCUUCUGCGCACUUCUGAGGAGGGCUUCCCGGUCUAACCGCCGCUGCAAUUAAGCUUCUAACGCGGGGCUUUAUGCUGUAUUUGACAAGUGAAGAGAUCUGGGACAAAAACAAAAAGCAGUUCAGUUCUGAGAAACUGAAAGAGCCCAUCAGGACUGCGCCGUCUCCCUCACACUGAACUGGAAGGGCUGAGUAUCUGUCUGGAGGACCACCGGUUGAACAGAGCCGUUAUACGAACGCUGAGAGGAGUCGCUUUACUGCUGGUUCGUUUGGGGAAAGGGGUUUUGUGGACCCUCUCAGCACCAUGGUGGUCUUCAACGGGCAGCUUAAGAUCAAGAUCUGCGAGGCUCUGGACCUCAAACCGACGGCUUGGUCCCUGCGUCACGCUGUCGGUCCCAAGACCCAAAGCUUCCUUCUGGACACAUACAUCGCCCUGAACGUGGACAACUCGCGCGUGGGCCAGACAUCCACUAAGCAGAAGACCAACAGCCCCGCGUGGAAUGACGAGUUCACCACAGAGGUCCACGACGGCCGCAAGAUAGAGCUGUCCGUCUUCCACGACGCCCCCAUCGGCUACGAUGACUUCGUGGCCAACUGCAUCAUCCAGUUUGAGGACAUCCUGCAAAACGACAGCAAACACUUCGAGGACUGGAUUGACCUGGAGCCAGAGGGGAAAGUCUAUGUUGUUAUUGACCUGUCAGGAUCUUCCAGUGAAGCAGCGGAAGGCUCAACUGAGAAUGAGGAGCGAGUUUUUCGCCAACGAAUGCAACCACGGAAGCGGCAGGGCGCCGUCCGCCGAAGGGUCCAUCAGGUCAACGGACACAAGUUUAUGGCCACCUACCUGAGACAGCCCACGUACUGCUCCCACUGCAGGGACUUCAUCUGGGGCGUUUUAGGGAAGCAGGGCUACCAGUGUCAAGUGUGCACCUGUGUGGUUCAUAAGCGCUGCCAUGAGCUCAUCAUCACUAAAUGUGCAGGAAUGAAGAAGCAGGAUGACACGGUCGGGGAGCCUCUUGGGUCUCAGAGGUUCAGUGUCAACGUCCCUCACAAGUUCAGCAUCCACAACUUUAAAGUUCUCACCUUCUGUGACCACUGUGGGUCUCUGCUGUGGGGUCUGCUGCGACAGGGACUCCAGUGUAAAGUCUGUAAAGUUAAUGUGCACAGGCGCUGUGAGAGCAACGUCGCUCCAAACUGCGGCGUGGACGCCAGAGGGAUCGCUAAAGUCCUGUCAGACCUCGGAGUCACACCAGACAAGAUUUCCAACAGCGCGCAGAGACGGAAAAAGCUUCCUCAGCCCCAGGAUCCUCCUCAGCCAUUAUCAGAGACGCCUCAGAUGGAGGACGAUCGCUCCAAGUCUGCCCCCACCUCCCCGUGCGACCAAGAUGUGAAAGAGUUGGAGAACAUCCGGAAGGCUCUUUCAUUUGACCACCGCGGUGAGGAGCACAAAUCGCACCGUCUCUCCUCCCCCUCCUCCGUCGCCAUGGUAACAGGUGACACCAGUGAAAAAGGAAGAGAGGAAAACAGUGUUGGGGUUGAAGGAGAGGGAAGCCGGGAGAAUGGCGAAGUCAAAGGUCACAUCACUCCAGAGACGAAGAGGAUGAACCUCCAUGACUUUGUGUUCAUCAAAGUUCUGGGAAAAGGAAGCUUUGGAAAAGUGAUGCUGGCCGAGCUGAAAGGCAGCGACGAGGUUUAUGCUGUUAAAGUGCUGAAGAAAGACGUGAUCCUGCAGGACGAUGAUGUGGACUGCACCUUGACCGAGAAACGGAUCCUGGCUCUGGCCAGGAAACACCCCUACCUGACACAGCUCUUCUGCUGCUUCCAGACAAAAGACCGCUUGUUUUUCGUGAUGGAGUACGUUAACGGAGGCGACCUGAUGUUUCAGAUCCAGAGAUCGAGGAAGUUCGACGAGGCACGGUCUCGUUUCUACGCCGCCGAGGUCACGUCUGCUCUGAUGUUCCUGCACCGGCAUGGAGUCGUUUACAGAGACUUGAAGCUGGACAACAUUCUGCUGGAUGCAGACGGCCACUGCAAGCUGGCCGACUUUGGGAUGUGCAAGGAAGGAAUCCUCAACGGAGUCACCACGACCACCUUCUGUGGGACGCCUGAUUACAUUGCACCAGAGAUCCUUCAGGAGCUGGAUUAUGGUCCGUCAGUGGACUGGUGGGCUCUGGGGGUACUGAUGUACGAGAUGAUGGCGGGACAGCCACCAUUCGAAGCCGACAACGAAGACGACCUGUUCGAGUCCAUCCUCCAUGAUGACGUCCUUUAUCCAGUCUGGCUCAGCAAGGAGGCCGUGUCCAUCCUUCGAGCGUUCAUGACGAAGAGUCCUAACAAGCGUCUGGGUUGCGUGGUGGCUCAGGGUUUGGAGGAGGCAAUUAAGCUCCAUCCCUUCUUCAGAGAGAUCGACUGGACGAUGCUGGAGCAGAGGAAGCUCAAGCCGCCGUUCAGACCUCGCAUUAAAACCAAAAGGGAUGUGAAUAACUUUGACCAGGACUUUACGCGUGAAGAACCUGUCCUGACGCCGGUGGACAACAGCAUCAUCAAGCAAAUCAACCAAGAUGAGUUCAAAGGAUUCUCCUACUUUGGAGAUGAGACAGCAGCCUAGAUGCACACUGACAAACACACACAGGUUAAACACACCACACCCAACAACCUUCAACAACACAAACACAAACACAAACACAGCCUCCUCAACCGCUGCAGGAGGUAGACCAGAUCGUUUGCAUUUCUCAUCCUGGAUUCUGUUCUUGUGGUUAGUUCAGACGCAGACCAUUUCACCAUUUUGCUUCGACAGCAUGUGCGUGCAGGUCAGUCUCAGUAAGAAUUUACAGCUGCUCCAGAUGUUCUGAUGCUGAACAGAACCCGAUGAGAUGUGGACACAUCUGCGGCUGCUGGUGUGUGUGUGAGAGAAAAUUAAUGUGUGCAUGCAUGCGUUGUUGCUUACCUCGACAAAGAGACUUUCAUUCCGUAAUACGAUGUGCUGUAUCCUGUCAUUUCUGUUCCAAGAAUGUUUUCUCUUCCCUAAACGUGUAUGUGAAUAAAAAAUGAAACAAUUAUUGUAUUUAAAGUUAAAACGGGCUUGAAAAGUACUUCAUUCACUUUGAAACAAGACAAGGAGAGGCAAGAAUAUAAGGAUUUAAAUCAUGAUGACAUGAGAAGUUUGGUCUCAGCUUUUGUCAAAUUAGCAACUUAAAAAUUUAUCUUAGAACCACAGCAGCAGCACAUCUGCAUUUUGAGCUUUACUUCAGUAUUUAUUUAACUUUUGUAGAGAGAAGGCUGUGCUCUGCCUGUUAUCUCCUGACACUGAUGAUCCAGCUCUUCAGUUAAAACCAAAUGGUACCAUUAGCUGUCAGCUAACAGACCUACUGUAGCUUAACACUGGAAGGGUCCAUUGUUUUGGGAAGGUAUACUUAGUGUUAACAAGCAGGUUUAAAUAGAAUAUGAUACUUGACACUUGUCCAGUGACGUCCAAGAAAAUCUGAAAUCUGAAUAGUAACUGUUAGCUGCCAGGGGCCCGUACUCUGAAGCAGGAUCUGACGAAGAGGGAAAAAUUGAAGAUUGAAUUCUGGGUUUUUCUCACUGAGAUGUAUCACCAUGGCAACUCAUGAUGGAAGAUAAGAGAUGUGACAUGAAAGCACCAUCUCCUGACCAUUUCACUAAAUGAAGGGUGUCUUUGAGAAAUAGAUCUUAGUAGAGAAAAAUUCUUCUAUUUUUUUCUUUUACAGAAACAAAUUAUGUUAA